AUGACGGUCCUGGUUGAAAACGUUAACUCGUCGAUCAGCGCGUCCUUAACUGCACUAAGGCUUGUUGGGUUCUGGGCGCCUCGGGGCAUGAGUUCCAGCGGAAACCUGUUUUACAACCUCUACGGUUUCUUUUGCUUUAUGUUCCUCUUGGGUACGUACUUAAUAAUUCAAGUGGUGGACAUGUUCGUGAUUUGGGGGGACUUGCCUCUUAUGACGGGGACGGCAUUCCUGCUGUUCACGAACCUGGCGCAGGCCGUGAAGCUGGCCAACUUGGUCAAGAGGAGGCGGAUGAUCAGAACUAUUAUCAACGAAGCUGAUCAUAUACUGAAAGCUGAGAGCACGGACGAGGGGAAGGAGGUUGUGUCGCGAUGCAACCGUGAGACAGCUAUGCAGCAAGUUCUCUACGUGGGCCUCACUAUAGUUACGAUGGUUGGUUGGGCAACGAGUGCAGAGAAAAACAAACUACCUCUCCGAGCCUGGUAUCCAUACGAUACCAGUCAGUCGCCUGCGUACGAGCUCACCUAUCUGCACCAAGUCUUCGCGCUGUUCGUUGCGGCUACUCUGAACGUCAGCAAGGAUACCCUGGUGACAGCACUUAUAGCGCAGUGCCGCUGCCGCCUUCGCCUCCUGGGGUUGGCCCUGAGGAGACUGUGCCACGAUGCGGACGUCACGGGAGACCUGUUAGUGCCGGCAGCAUAUGAGGCGGUAGUGGCUGAGCGCCUGCGUAGUUGCGUGGCGCGUCACCAGGCGGCGCUGCUUUCUGCAGAACAGCUGCAGAGUUGUUUCUCGGAGUCCACCUUGGCGCAGUUCACAGUUUCACUGGUGAUCAUAUGCGUCACCGCUUUCCAGCUGGUUUCGCAAGCUGGAAACGUGGUGCGUUUGCUGUCGAUGGGCACAUACCUGCUGAAUAUGAUGUUUCAAGUGUUCCUUUAUUGCUACCAGGGGAAUCAGUUGUCGGAAGAGUGCUGGGUGUGUUACAGAGUUUGGGCGCUGGCACCGGGGAUCGAACUCAGGUUAUUCCCUCGAGUGAAAGGCGAGCGGCCCGGACAC